GUUGUAUGCAGUUCUUGUUUGCACUUAUAUUUUGCACACUUUUACGUGCGAAGCAACAGAUAUUUGUAGUUAAUAUAAUUUUGCAUUAAAUUUAUCAUCUUUACGUGUUUAUUUUGUUAUUAAAAUACACAAUUAAUAGUAAAUAUGGUUACUAAGAAAGAAUUGUUCCACGAUUACUUUAACUUCAAAAGGGUGUACAAAAAGAAAAUAGAUGUGCUCCUCAAAGAGGAUUUGGAUAAGGUCAAAUCAAGUGAUAUUUUAAGAUCCGUGGUGAGUGAGUUCAUUGUGAGGUGGCCGAGGUGGAAAGUAAUCUUUGCGAAAAAAGAUCUGAAUUGGGCUGUUUCUGAAUACUUGGAGGAGUUUGAAGUAUAUUUAAGUGAGAUAGUGAAAAUAGCUAUUAAUUAUAUCAAAGUAAUUGAGGAUAAGCGGGUGGUGAAGGAAUCCAAAGAGAUAGCAUGUCAGACAGAGUCUGUUACACCAGAUUAUCACAUCGAGCUGCAGGGACCAAUGAAACAUUUAUUCAAAACUCUCUUCACUGUUGAAGGAGAUGAUAUUGUAGCUAUGCAACAUCUUGGGAAACCUUGGAAUGGUAGCAUUGAAUUCCCAAAGUUCAUCAACAAUCCUUACGUUUAUAUCUGGAUUAAUUUGCCGUCAAUUUCGUUCGCCAGAACAGUAGUACCAGAGGUGGAGAGAUUCUUGACCGGCGAGAAGCAAUCUCCGUCUCACCGUCCAGUGAACAUGAACGUUAAUUGGACGAAAGUGAAUAACAAUAAGGAAUGCUGCGCUUACUCAUACGAAAGUAUGAUGAAUUUCGUUGAUGACUUCUUGAAAGUAACAGAGAACAAGGAACACAGUAAAGAAAUUGGUUUGAUGAUGAAGGAGGCUUUCUUGGACGUUAAAGAGUAUUUGGAACAUUUCUUGACGAACUCCAAAGCUGUUAUCCCUUUAACCAAUAACACUUAUGUGCGGAGCAAGAGGCACGCCGAUGCCCACAACUUUCUUAACUAUUACGAAGUCAUCUCGCCUAAAAUCGAAUUGACCGUGUACAAUUUUAACACGGAUGCGGAAACGCUCCUCAAGACUGCUAAUGCAUAUUUGUCUGCUGCUGUUACGUUUCGAUGCACGUUCUGCUCGAAAGGCUUCAGCCACAUGAGACUCAUGCAGACUCACUACCAGAACGCUCACUUAGCAGAGGAGAUUGUGCUGUGCAACAAAUGUGCUAUUAUGUUACCUAUCGAAGAUUUAGUUAAAAAUAGGUGGAAACAUCGUUGCAACUAACAUAUU